AUGACAGCAGAUUUUUUGCUUGCUUUACGCGAUGGUGAAUUACCGCAUAAAAUUAAAUGGCAAACGCCACCAAAGGAGAAAGAUGAUCACACUUAUGCAGAUAAAUUUAGAGGUUCCCUGUUAGGACUAGCCGUAGGAGAUGCAUUGGGUGCACAUGUUGAAUUUCGACCCCACAGUUACCUACAACAAAAUCCAGUCACUGGCCUUGCCGGUGGUGGUACAUGGAGUUUAGAAGCCGGAAAAUGGACCGAUGAUACGUCUAUGGCCUUAUGUUUAGCAGUGAGUCUCAUUGUUCAUGGAGGUUUCUAUGCAUAUGAUCAGUUAGUGCGAUAUAAAUGGUGGUAUAAAUCAGGGUACCUGUCAUCAACAGGCAGAUGCUUUGACAUCGGGAGUGCAACAAAAACAUCAUUGGAGACGUUUCAUCAACGACAAAGAGCCCUCGCAAAUAAACUGAAUAUAAACAGCGAAGAAAAAAUCGAUACUUUAGAAGAGCACGUGAUAGUCAAGGAAGAGUUUAAUACAAACUGUAGUUAUUCUGGCGUAGCAGGCAACGGAGCUCUGAUGCGUCUAGCACCCAUUCCAUUAUUUUUUUGGAGGUCUAACACAAAAGCGACACAAUUUGCAGCUAAAAGUGCACUUCUAACCCAUGGAGAUAAAAAAGCUGCCGACGCAUGUAGAUAUUAUGCUCUACUAAUAUGCUGUGCCAUCAACGGCUACAGUAAAGAACAACUGCUUAACACGCAUCUUCAUGUAGACGCUUGGGACGCCGGUUGGUUUGGGCAAGAACGGUUACAUGAAGAAGUUAUUCGAGUGGCUGAAGGUUCGUAUCAGCGGUCUGACGGAUUCGAGGGUGGUAUAAAAGGCAAAGGGUACAUAAUCUCAGCCAUGGAAGCGGCUCUAUGGGCAUUUUGGAGUGAUGAAGACAAAUUUGAGAACGGAGUUUUGCGAGCAAUUAAUUUAGGGGACGAUACCGAUACUACUGCAGCUAUUUACGGACAGCUAGCAGGCGCUUGUUAUGGAGCGAAGGCUAUACCACGAAAGUGGUUAGAUAAGCUGUAUGCAAAAGACUUGAUUACAUGUCUUGCUGAUUGGCUGAAGUACAAGGGGUCAACGUCCGAUAGUGAUGGCGUAAAAAAUCAACAGGCUACAUUUCCGAAAAAGAGUACUUUAUGUUCUCUCUUGUGA